UUCAUAUACUGCACAGAUCAAACGAGCCUAUUUAUUCCACGUUUGUCUUGCACAUUGUGAUCAAUAGUUUCCGUGCUGUCAACCAUAUAAGCCGGAGGCAUCGAGCUGUAUUUUUACUUUCAACUUUCUUGUUCUUGUGAAUCUUGACAGAUCCUCCUUCACAACAAAGAAUCACCAUGCAGAUGAAGGCAACCAUUUUGAUUGUGCUUGUCGCACUCUUCAUGAUUCAGCAAAGUGAAGCUGGCUGGUUUGGAAAAGCUUUCAGAUCAGUAAGCAACUUUUACAAAAAACAUAAAACAUACAUCCAUGCAGGACUUUCAGCUGCUACAAUGCUUGGUGACAUGACUGAUGAGGAAUUUCAAGAAUUCAUGCAGGACAUCGAACAAGCCAGAGAGGAAGAGCUUCUCAGCAGACAGUAAACAUUUUCGAAGUUAAAUCAAAGAACGAUCAAAUGGAAUGGAUAUGAAACGACAUCGAUUAAAGAACAUUUUCUUUUUCAUUUUAAACGGAAAUGCAUAAAAUAAAAAAGGCGCCAAAUA